GAAAAUAUAAAAUAUGGUAACAAGUUGGUGUUAUCCAUUGGUUGUUGGCUCUCCAUGUUUGUUGUCAUUUCAUCAUAAGCUAAUGAUUCCUUCGACAAAUUCACCUUUAAAUCUUUCCCGGAUUAUGAUUAUGAUUACCGUAUUAAACAGAACUCAAGUUUAGAAUCUCUGCCACUGCAAUUUACUCCAAAAAACCUGCUUCAAAUAAAGAGUACACAACCGUAUUACUGCUCAACUCUACUUGGGUUCUUACUACUAUUUCAAUUUAGCAGGUGUAUCAAGAUUCCAUUAACAAGGAGAAAAUGGAAUUUGACAUUUAGAUUUUGGCUUGUGUUAGUUUUCUGAGAAAAUGGUGAAAAGGAUUGUGGAUCUUCGAUCAGAUACAGUCACAAAGCCAACCGAAACAAUGAGAGCUGCUAUGGAAGGUGCUGAAGUUGGUGAUGAUGUUCUAGAACAUGACCCAACUGCUUUUCACUUAGAAUCAGAGAUGGCAAAGAUAAUGGGAAAGGAAGCAGGCCUUUUUGUCCCGUCCGGCACCAUGGCGAACCUUAUAUCCGUGCUUGUUCAUUGUGAAAGCAGGGGAAGUGAAGUGAUUCUUGGACACAACUCCCAUAUCCAUAUAUAUGAGAAUGGAGGCAUUUCAACUCUUGGAGGUGUGCAUCCUAGAACUGUUAAGAACAAUGAUGAUGGAACCAUGGACAUUGAUUUGAUUGAGGCUGCUAUUAGAGAUCCAAAGGAGGAGAUUGUGUUUCCAACCACAAGGCUUAUCUGCUUGGAAAAUACUCAUUGCAAUCAUGGUGGAAGAUGCCUUUCAGUUGAAUAUACAGACAGAGUUGGACAGAUUGCUAAGAAGCAUGGACUGAAGCUUCACAUUGAUGGAGCUCGCAUAUUCAAUGCAUCUGUUGCACUUGGUGUUCCAGUGGAUAGGCUUGUUCAAGCAGCUGAUUCAGUUUCAGUUUGCCUAUCAAAAGGUCUUGGUGCUCCAGUUGGAUCCGUCAUUGUUGGUUCCAAUAGCUUCAUUGUCAAGGCUAGGCGGCUCCGGAAAACGUUAGGCGGCGGUAUGAGACAGGUUGGGGUCCUAUGUGCUGCUGCACUUGUUGCUUUAAAGGAAAAUCUUCCAAAGUUAGAAAGUGAUCACAAGAAAGCAAGACUCUUGGCCGAUGGAUUGAACAAAAUUCAGGGCCUGAGAGUGGAUACCUCUUCUGUGGAAACCAAUAUAAUAUAUGUUGAAAUAGAAGAGUUCUCAGGAACUACGGCAAUAAAGCUGUGCAAGGACUUAGAAGAAUAUGGUAUUCUUCUUAUGCAAACAGGCUUAUCAAGGUUGAGAGUUGCGUUACACCACCAAAUAUCAGAAAGUGAUGUUCAGUUCGCCUUGUCCUGCUUUCAGAAAGCUGUAAAUGGAGUACAAAAUGAAAAUGGCAACUAGUGGAAUUAUUUGACAAUUGCUCGCAUGUAAUUUACUUGAAUCUAUAAUAAAAUAUGGGCCUUAGGGGUUAAUGAUCAUUUUAUAGUUAAAAUCUAGCUAAGGAAUCAAAAUUAAUCCCUACUACUAUCUGGUUCAAGAAUCAAGAGCAUUUGAUCAUCAUUACGUUUAACUGCAAAAUAAGCCAGCAUGUAAAAAACAAAAACUAAUCUUAAAUAAUAAUGGGAUGUGGACUAUAUAUAUA